AAUACUUUAUAUAAUUGAAAUUCCAUUUUUUUAUUUGCUAUUCGAUGCAUUCGAAGCUGUCAAAUUCGUCUUGCGUAGCGUUUAAAUCUUCAUGUCACAUUGCGCGCCGCGAUAUUUUCUUAUCUCGAACGCGAAGAGCAAAUCGAUAGCGUCCCGCAUCAGCUGUUUUAUAACCCACACCAGCAAGGCUUUCCUAAGGUCGUUACGUUACCUGUAUUCUCACGGCCAUGUUAGGCACGCACAUACAAGAGGAAUGAGGACGUUUCGCGAUAAAUGAGACUCUUUUGAGGUCUUCGAGAUCUUCUUGGCUACGCUACGAAGCCUGGUCGAUCGUAGAGGACAGUUCACAAAGCAUGGCAUGGCACUGCAACGGCACUACAAAUCAAGAAAUGGUAACAAAGCUCAAAGAUGCUGGCAUAUUGGCAACGGAGAAAGCAGAGACCGCAAUGCUCACUGUUGACAGAGCAAAAUAUUGUCACGAAUCAGAUCCUUAUCUUGAUCGUCCUAGAAGAAUUGGAUACAACGUGACAAUCAGUGCACCGCAUAUGCAUGCAUACGCAUUGUCAAUCCUCUCCGAUCAACUCUUUGAUGGCGCCAAGGCACUUGAUGUUGGCUCAGGUUCAGGAUAUCUAUCUGCUUGCAUGGCAUACAUGGUAGGCUUGCACGGACGCGUAAUCGGUAUCGAGCAUAUUCCCGAGCUCAUAGAAAUUUCUACUAGGAACGUACGCGAGGACAAUCCGCAUUUUCUCAAGGAAAAUCGCAUCAAAUUUAUCGUGGGAGAUGGCAGAUUGGGACACGCUGCUGAUGGACCAUACAACGCUAUACACGUUGGAGCAGCGGCCGACACUUUGCCGCAAGAGCUGACAGACCAACUAGCUCCAGGAGGUCGACUGAUAUGCCCGGUCGUAGCUAUAGAAGGUUUCCAAAGGUUUCAAGAUCUACUGCAAGUGGACAAGAAUGCAGACGGCACAAUCACGAAGAAGAAACUGAUGCAAGUUUCUUACGUUCCUCUUACGGAUCCUACUACGCAAUUAAGUAAUUAAUAGAAUUUUUAGAUAAUGAGAUCUCACACAGCGAACGCGAAAUUCGAGCGAGCGAUUAAAUCCGCCGUGUACGAAUUGUCCGCUGAUCAACGAUAAUUGGAAUUUGAUAUUCCGAUAAACCAAUUCUUUUCAUGCAUGCAUCGACAUGAAAUAUGCUCCGUUUUCAAUUAGGAGUAUAAUAAAUUAUAUUUUACAUAUUA